AACUUACCAGCAAUAACCCCACCCACAUAAAACCCUAGCCGGCGUUUACCAGCCAUCACACACACACAGAGACCAUACAUACAUACAUCGAGAUGACGGAGCUGAAGCUCCUAGUUGCCUCCGAUGAGACGGCGCCGUUGUCCCUGCUUGCGGUGGCAGGCCUUAGCGCUGUUCCCCUCACCGUCCACCCGAACCCCAUUCUCACGCCGCCGGUCCUUGUUCUAACCAACGGGACGAAGUUACGUGGAGUCAAUGUACUUGUUCGAUAUCUUGGUCGUACAUCAACAACUAUUCCCAGCUUGUACCAGCGAGAUGCCUUGGAAACUGCGCAGAUUGAUGAAUAUGAAGAGUAUGCGUCCAUCUUUUCUAUUGGUUCUGAAUAUGAAGGAGCAUGCAAGUAUGUUGAUGGUUAUUUGCUGCACCACACUUUUUUGGUUGGUCAAAGUUUAUCGGUUGCAGAUAUCGUUGUCUGGUCAUAUCUUGCAGGUCGUUAGAUUCUUGAAUGUGGAACUUGCUGUCUGGAACUGCUGGAGUGGUCAUGGGUCAAGAAACUUGCAAACAUAUGUCAAGACCAUUGGUUUUCAUGAAUUUACCUUUGAACAUUGAACAAUGUUUUACUUUUUGGCUUCUGCUGAACAUGCUAAACUUUAAGUUAUGUUUUGAGAAUAAUUUUGUGACACUCUAGGUUUUUCCGAACGAACACCUUGUAAUAUUUUGUGUAUAUAAAUAUUAUUAAAUAAAAACGUGACCUUUGUGCA